UACUAAUAAUUAUAAUAGGUAUUAUGGUUAAUUAUUUAAAGGGUGGCUCUUUGCUUAAUCUCGUCGAAUUGUAACGUAGAUGUGAUUUUAUAGGCUAAAGCGUGGACCCUAUUAUGAAAGUGGUACCGUCCGUAGUUAAAGUUUACGUGAAGCGAGGUCCGGCCGCUCUCUUCGGCUGCGCGCCUGGUCGGAGUGGCGUUUGCAAUUAUCGUCGCUACUUCAAUUAAACAACUUCAACUUUUUACGUUCGUUGCAAGAAGCAAGAGAAACAAGUACGAAGACGUCAUGUCUGCGACGGUAGAGCUGGCUUCUCUCUUCGGCUGCCCCAGCGACAAAGAAGAGUUCAGCGGUUUCCGUGAGACCGAGCUGGUCCCAAUGGAGACCACAUCGGAGGACAGCUCGGACAGUUGCACGUCCUCCGACCACUUCAGCAGCGGCAGCAGCAGCGUUGGGCAGGUACGCAGCCCCGAGGAGACAGCGUGCAUGCGGGAGCUGGCCAAGCUCUUCCAGGACGACUCCGACGCUGAGAACGACACCUUCCACGGCUUCACCGACAGCGACGUCAACCUCAGCAACAUGAUUGGCACCAUGUCGAUGGAGUCCGAGUCGGACUUGGGUGACUCGAUGGAGGUCCCGCAGCUGGACAAGGCAGCACCGGGCGAGAGCACGCCAGGCAGGGGCCGCCCAUUCAGCCUCCGCGUCAUGCUCAAGUUCCCGGUGGCAGGCAAGCAAGCAACCGGCAACAGCCCAACCAAAAACGACAACCACAAGUCCUCACCGCCUGCCACCACCGUCAUUGCAAGCUCGAACUCUUCGGUAACGCCGCGCAAGCGGGGGAGGCCGUGCAAGGCUGCAGCCAUCGCCGUUCCGGUUUUCCCGGUGGUUGUGCUUACCGAGCUCGCCCAGGAUAACCCGACCAGGCGAUCGCAGAGACGCACGUGCAAGAACGAGUUGCGACCCGAGCCAAGCGUCGCCCAAGGCGACAAAAACAACAACAGCAGCGUCGACGACGAGGUGGAGGAGCAAGUGCGAGAUGAGAGGGACGGCGCGCGGGCGACAGAAAAGGUGGAUCCGAUGGAUGAGGGCUCCGAUUCGGAAGGCGAGGCCGAGCUGGAGCAGAAGAUGGACUUCCUGACGCGGCGAGCGCUCAACAUCAAGGAGAACAAGGCCAUGCUGGCUCGACUCAUGGCGGACCUGAAGACCAUGCCGGGGCUGAUGGGAAAGUUUUCCGUCCAAUCGUCAACCCCCUCGCAGAAGGCCCGAAGGCCCCCAAAAGCAAUGACGCCCGGGUUAUCAGACGGUCCCGUACGGCGCAACCCGGAGCGGAGCACGAGGACAAACACACGCUCGCUGGGCCUCCGCGCGUCGUCGUCACCACCGUCCUCGCCCCACCGCUCGCUGGAGGAGCGACUCCGCUACAAGCGCAAGAGCUCGGACAGCGACGAUGACGGUGACGAUGAGUAUCGACCCCAUAGGAGACGCGGCGGAUUCUGCAGCACCUCUGCCAUCCUGCAUGUCGUACGGAGUGUGGACGAGAUCACCCAAGACGAGCUGACUCUCAUCGCCGCCUCCACCUCUGACAAGAGUUACGACAAAGUCAACGGCAGCACGUGCCACCAGUGCCGUCAGAAGACAUCUGACACGAAGACUUGCUGCCGGAACCCCGAAUGCUGGGGCGUGCGCGGACAGUUCUGCGGGCCCUGUCUGCGCAACCGCUACGGCGAGGAUGUUCGCGCCGCCCUGCUUGACCCCGCUUGGCAUUGCCCCAUAUGCCGCGGGAUCUGCAACUGCAGCUUCUGCCGCCGCCGGGAGGGCCGCUGUGCCACGGGCAUCCUCAUCCACCUGGCCAAGUACCACGGCUACAACAACGCGCAGGCCUACCUGGAGAGCCUUCAGAAGGAGAUUGACGAUGAGGACUGAGGUGGCUUGGAGUUGCUGACACUUCUGGGCGCAAGAACCCCUCGGCCCAAGGCGAUUUUGGUGCCGUCUCGCCAUCUAAAACGCAGUUGUUAACAUUGUUGCUUUCGCAGGGCCGCCUAAAGAAACCCUGAAAAAAAACUUGUUUAUUGUUGCGUGACUUUCGUACCGUUAAAAUCCUCUAAAUAUAUUGACAAGGCCGAUGGGUAUUUUUACAAUUCCUAUUCUCAUCUUCUGAGCAAAACCUUUUUGAGUAUUUGAAAGAUCGCUUGCGUGCCAUUUAGGAUUUUAAAACGUCAACUGUUGGUUUUAUUAUGGAACACGACUUACUUGGAAUUUUGCACAAGUGCUGAAAUCGCAGAACUUGAUACAAAAACAGCAGUUCCUAAUUAAAAACAUCGUCAACUCAUUCGGUAGAUUUUUUUUUCUGUGAUCUUUUAUCGAAUUCUAAAACAAAAUUUGCACGUAAACAAUGCAUCACUCUUUUGGCACUUGGGCAAUACACUUUUUGAGCUCUUUGUUCUGCUCAGCCGAGCACAGAGUUAUUCAGUGGGUAAAGGCAUAAUAUUGUUUUUCUAGGGUUGGUGCGUUGCUUUCAUUUUACUUGUGGAGGUCUCAUCUUGACUCACGGGGAAGCUAGCUGUUGUUUCAUCACCAUGCAUCAAUUUACAUAUAAAGCUUUUGAAUUUCUCAAAUAUAUAUUUUUGCUUCUGCUAACAUAAACUAGAUACUUACACCAGGUUAUGUUAACCUGCUUGUCUUAUUCAAAAGUAACCGAUUUUUUUGCGUCGUUCAUUUCCUUGAAGUUAAUGUCACGUUCAAAAUUUUAACACAGCACUCACACUUUACUAGAUUUUCUUGGACCAAUUUCUGAAAACUUGAAACUGGUCACACACUUGAGUUGUAUUAAUGGCACGUACUGAAUUACUACUGUUAACAUACCAAAACAAUUGGCCUAAAACACCAGCUAUGACCUGUAAUAUAGAUGUAUAUCAUUCUGGUAAACAUUUUUGCGAUGUUUAUAACCUAAAAAGUGCAGUUGAUGGCUUGUGACUGUCUGGAAUUGAAAGGAUUUGAUAAGGAAAAUGCCUACUGAUUCGAGUGGUUACAUUUUCUUGCUCGACUAGGCAGGGUGCCUUUCCUGUAAUUGUGUGUACAUUUUCCAUGGGUUUCGGGUAUCUUUCUGCUUGUUCUGUUGCACGGUUCCGUUUUAUUGCUUGGUGUUUAUACAAUGCUUGUACUGUGAUUGCAAGAGCAGUCUUAUUUUACGAAUAAAGUUUCUUAAGUGGU